AGUUCACAUACCAAUCAAUAUAAGCCUUUGAUAAUCAUUAUGGAUCAAUAGUUAUAAGUUAGUGUCAGUUUGACAUAAUAUAUAAUUAUACAUCAUUUCAAGAACAUGCAUAGCUGAUGUUUAUAUAAAAAGAACACCAUGGAGUUGAGAACAUAUCACGUGUACAUAAUUACUGUCAUAAUAUGCAUGAUUUUGAUUAGAACAGUAACUUGUUAUACAGUCGACCUAUCAUUUAAUUCCUACAACUGUGAUGAAUAUGCAAGAAGAAUACCAUUGGAUAAAGAAUACAGUUUAACUUGGUUAGGAAAAACUGAUCCCAAAAUAUGUACUUUUAACUUCACUGGUGGCGAUAACGGAGAAAUAUUCUCAAAUUUUAAAGUUUGUUUUGAGACUGAACAAUAUGACUUACCAACAUAUGAUGUAGAAUUAGUCGUUUCCAAUGGUACCGAUCGAUGGGUUUACGAUAGUUCAGAUCCAAGCAUUGAAAGCAAAUGUAUUAACAAAGCUAAGGAUAUGAUGUUUAAGCUUGUCAUAUUAAAGAAUUAUCAGGAGUCGACGUGGAAUCUGAAAUUGAAAAUAACAUCACAAACAUUUGUAGACCCAAAAGUUGCAGAAAUUUUGGACCAAAUAAUAAGUGUUAUUGAAGAUAUUGUUCCACUGGCAAUUGGUGUGGUUGUUGUGUUCUGUAUACUCAGCAAUAAACGUGCACGGCAGCAAUGUUGUUCUGUUAUAACAAGUGUUAUAGACAAAAUUACGGGAAGCAAUUCAAGGCGGAGACGUGACCCAGAAGUAAGGAGAAACUCAGAACAUUCUGUUUGUUUACAUGUAGAAGAACCACAACAAAGUUAUAACGCAAGCGAGACAGUAAGUUUACAAAACAUUCCUUUAGAGCCAGAUGGGUCAGCUAUACCUCAGUCAGACAGUACUUUACCUGAUGCACCACCGCCUAGUUACGAUGAAGUUGUCAAAAAUCCAAAUAAUGACAUUAGAUAAUAAAACCUCUGUAAACCGUUGAUAUUCUGUACAUAUAUUACAAAUUAUACUUUAAAGUCACCAGUAAAACCUUUUCCCUACAGAAUAAGCUAUGGUCUACCUUAAAGAAGUCACCGACCCCAGUUCUUAAUUAACCCACAAAAACUUAGAAACGAAUUUGCUGAAAAUUUAAUUUGAAAACAGGAAUUUAUGUCUUAUACAUGAUAAGUGAAAUCUGCAGCAUGUUAAUUCCACUGUAGCUAUUUUACGUGUUCAGUGGUGAUUCGAUUUUUGACGUUUUGUUUUACAGUAACUUUGAUGUGACGGUGCGUGUCCCUUGUCAAAAAUUAAUUUACCAACCAGUAUUAAAUCUACCAGCUUAAUUCAGAUGAACAUAUGAAUAUUCAACGUAAGGUUUCAAAUACUUUUUUUUUAAGUAUAAGAUAUUGGGUGAUCAAUAAUCUGAUAAUAGUUUGAUGUUACUAAGGGCUGUUCCAAAAACAACUAUACCCCCCCCCCCACCCCCCCCCCCCCCCAACCAUGGAAAUGGAAAUGACCAGAACCCAUAUAAUCAAGAAAAAAAACCAUCCAUAUAUAUAUAUAUAUAUAUAUAUAUAUAUAUAUAUAUAUAUAUUAUUUUCUUGUUACAAUUUGCAUAUAUCAGUAGACAUGUGAACCCACCAUCUACAUAUUACACUUUUUUCCAACACACCUCCGUCGUUCAUUUACUUUCAAAUACGACAACCCACAUUACAAACAUUGCCUUCCUGGGAGGGGGCACAUUAUUUUCUGGAACAGCUUUAAGAUCUGUGAACUGUGUAACAAUAGAAAUACAACCCCUACAUUUUUGUUUGGGGACCAGCUAAAGCCCCCCUCAGGGUGCGGGAUUUUCUCGCUGUGUUGAAGACCCAUUGGUGGCCUUACGCUAUUUUCUGCUCUUUGGUCGAGUUGUUGCCUCUUUGACACAUUCCCCGUUUCCAUUCUCAAUUUGAUGUAUUUUCCUUUUGAUAAAACAAUUUGAACCCACAGAUUUUUUUAUUCUACCAAUCGUUCUAAGAUUUUGAAGACUUCUGACAUCACUACAAAGCAUUUCUAUCGACACUCAGUAUAAUCAAUCAAAAUAUCGUUUAUCAAAAUCAAUAGAUAUAGAAUACUUCUAUAUAAUUCCAGUCUAAUAUUCUAUAAGCAUUAUAUUUGCUCAUCAUUGUGGAAAAAAUACAAAAACUAUGAAAUCAAUAUUUUAGUAUGUUGAAUUGUUCCAUGCAAUAAACUUAUUUAAAAUAAAGAAGUCGUUCCUUU